UUUUAUGUUGAAACACGCCCAGUCGUCAGCCAUUUUGGAAAUGCUCGUGGACUGCCGAAUGUUUUGGUCAGUGGUCACACGCCUCUUGGUGUCAGUCAUUAGUUAGUAUUUGCAGCAGUUUAAACUAAUAUUAAGUAAGUUGGUGUUUAGAUUUUUAAAUUCAUGAAAUAUAACCACUGGGGAGCCAGACUACUGUAAAAGGCAAGCCUCACUGUUCAGGAUUUAAAUCUCUCAAUGGACGAGGAGAGUGUAUGUAAACGUUUAAUCAAAUUCACUCAGGCUGGACAACUAGAUCUUAUCAAAAAGGAACUUUCUGAAAACGACAGUGUUAAAAAAUGCAUCGGCAAAAGACAUUUUGGAAGAUCGGGUGAUACUCUGUUGCAUUAUGCUGCCAGGCAUGGUCAUUUGAGCGUUUUAAGAUAUUUGGCGGAAAAUCUGGGUAUGGAUAUUGAGUUGUACAACAACGAUUACAAGAGAGCUUUGCAUGAGGCGUCUUCUAUGGCUCAGGAGCCGUGCGUCCAUUAUCUCAUCGACAGAGGUGCUGAGGUAGACUGUCUAAAGAAAGCAGACUGGACCCCUCUGAUGAUGGCUUGCACACGGAGAAACCUUGAGGUCAUUCGAGCACUAUUGGACCAUGGAGCAGACCCGGUUCUGAGGAACAAGGAUGGCUGGAACUCAUUCCACAUUGCCUGCAGGGAGGGAGACCCAGCAAUCAUCGAACACCUCCUUAGUUUUAACCCUGAAGUUUGGCGGACAGAAAGCAAGACCCUCAGAACCCCUCUACACACUGCAGCUAUGCAUAAUCGUGAAGAAGUUGUAAGGAUUCUACUAGAGAGAUGUGGGUAUGGGUCUGACAGCACAGACAGUUGUGGUAUAACUCCAUUUACUGAUGCUGUCAGGAACGGGAACAUCACAAUAGCCAGACUGCUGCUGGACAAACACCAGGCCUCUCCCUAUGCAGUAGAUGUUCUCGGAGCACAGCCUUUACACCAUGCCGCUGUAACAGCACAGGACAGAUCACUGUGUUUCCUUGUGGAUGAGCUCCAUGUUGACGUGAAUGUGAGGGCAGCAGAUUCAGGGCUGACUGCACUGCACUAUGCUGCUAAGGAAGGCCACAUGGGCACAGUAAAAGCCCUCCUUUCAUUAGGGGCUGAUCUUCAUAUCAAAGAUCAAAGAGGAAGAACCGCCCUGCACAUGGCAUGCAUAGGACAGCAUGCUGAAACAGCCAGGAUGCUGCUUCAACUGGGACUGAGAGAUAUGGAAGACAACUCAGGAGUCACAGCUAGACAACUCGCCAAAAAACCUGACAUAAUUGGGGUGUUUGAAUGUCUCGAAGCAGUGGAAUCAUAGUUACUCAACUUGUUCAUAGAAACAUAGAAACG